AGGUACCGCAGAGGCGUUGUUCGAAGUUCACACCAAAUUAGAAGACUAUAGUAAACAGUCUUAAAAGUUAAACCAGGGGUCAAACCCAAGUUCCUUGUGAAGGUUUAUUUCAAGAACCAGAUUGUCGAGCCGAGGCCCGAUUUCAAAGGGAUUCUCCGAGUUUGUUGAUCUUUGUGAGGAGUGUGUGAGAUCAGAUGGCAGAUGGGGCAGCGCCUUCGCGGUAUGUGAAGCUGAAUAAGGAUCAGGCGCCUCUGGAGGAUUUUAAGCCUGGAGAGCUUAAUCAACCCAUUGAGGUUCCUCAGUUGGCUGUUCACAAGUGCAAUGAAUGUGGGCAGCCUCUACCUGAAAGCUUUCAGCCUCCUGCAGAUGAACCUUGGACAACAGGGAUUUUUGGCUGUGCUGAAGACAGAGAAAGUUGCUUGACGGGACUAUUCUGUCCAUGUGUUUUGUUUGGGCGCAACGUUGAAAGGUUGAGAGAAGAUACCCCUUGGACCACGCCAUGCAUGUGUCAUGCCAUUUGUGUUGAAGGUGGAGUUGUGCUGGCAGUGGCUACCACAGUCUUCGGUUGUAUUGACCCAUCGUUCCUCGUAUGUGAGGGUUUGUUAUUUGCUUGGUGGAUGUGUGGCAUAUACACUGGUCUUGUUCGGCAAUCCUUACAGAAGAAAUAUCAUUUGAAGAACUCGCCGUGUGACCCGUGCUUGGUGCACUGCUGCAUGCACUGUUGUGCCUUGUGUCAGGAGCACAGGGAGAUGAAGGGCCGCCUUUCUGACAGUGUUGUCAUGCCAAUGACCAUUGUCAAUCCCCCCCCUGUUCAAGAGAUGAAUCAUGCUGACAAGGACUCUGCACCAUCCUCUGCCAACAACGAGCACACCAAUUUGGAAAUGCAGGCUUUGUAGGAGCCCCCGGCAUUGAUACUGAGUAAAUAAAUAUGUUAUAUCUUAAUCCGGAUUUUUUUUUUUGGGGUGCCUCAUGUUUUUAGCAGAUUGGGAUUACAUGUAUACGGAUUCUAAAGCCAUUUUUGAAACCAUCUGACAAAAUCUCUGAAAUUUAUGUCAUGUUACUCGUUAUAGUUUCUUCAAUGAAUUGGCCACCCCGUUUAUGCGUCA